AAAGGGUUAAUCCUUUCGCGCACUGGAAGGGAGUCGCGUGCGCACUCGCGACACACGGCCAGUGGUGCCGCUCUGACUAGCAAGCGCGGACGUGCAACAUGAGAACCAGUGCCGGAAUAACUUGUCUACUCGCCUGCGUUGCUUUUGUCAACGCUGGCAUCCUGCUUGAGCAUGCGCCGGAGUGCCCGGAACAUUAUGGAGUACAGGCGUACGCCCACCCCGAACUAUGCGAUCAGUUCUUCCUCUGCACCAACGGGACCCUGACGGUCGAGACUUGCGAAAAUGGUCUGCUGUUUGACGGCAAGGGCGCUGUGCACAAUCAUUGCAACUACCAUUGGGCGGUCGAUUGCGGAAACAGGAAAGCUGAUUUGGUUCCCUACUCUUCUCCCGGCUGCGAGUUCCAGUUCGGCAUCUACCCGGACAGCGAGGAGUGCUCCACCAGCUACGUCAAGUGCGCCUACGGUAUCCCUGAGCAGGAGCCUUGCACCCCUGGUCUGGUCUACGACCACCGAACCCAUGGAUGCAACUGGCCUGAUCUGUUGCAGCCGUUCUGUAACCCUGAAGCGGUCAUCGGCUUCAAGUGCCCGACGAAAGUACCCGCCAACACGCAAUCCGCCAAGUUCUGGCCCUUCCCCCGUUUCCCCGUGCCCGGCGACUGCCAUCACCUGAUCACCUGCGUGGAGGGCCAGCCCCGUCUCAUCACCUGCGAGGAGGGCAAGGUGUUCGACGACCAGAACCUCACUUGUGAAGACCCCGAGCUCGUACCUCACUGCGGACACGCGUGAUUGCGUUAUGAUUGUGUUGCGAAACGAAAAUUGUUACUUUGUGUUCAUUCUUUCUGCCAAGCGAACUGUUUGUCCACGAAUUAGGGUCAAAAUACUUCAUUAUAUACUAUUUAUAAAUGUAAUUUAGUUCGCUGCGACGAACUAUAAACUAAUAAAAAUAAAGCUAAACUAAACCACCCUUCUACUAUGACCUACCAUUCUAUGAAGGUAGGUAACCAUAAUUUCAUGAAUUCUAACCUCGUGAGUACAUGUACAUUAAAAAUGUACAUAUUCGUUGCAAUCUAAUUUGAACCUUUUAUGAAACAAAUAAAGUAGCAUUUCUAUUGUUUCAUUGAGUUGUAAAACAAAGGUAAUUCGUUCCAAUUUACUUACAGAACAAGGUUCAAAUUAAAAAUUGGAAAACUUUAUAUGGUGGGUCUUACGAGGCUAAAUGUAAGAGUCCAACGUGACAUAUCACGUGCGUAAUUUUCGUUUUGCAAUGUAAUUAUUUCUAGCAAUUAAUUUUAAUACACCGUUCAUUUAUGAAUAAUUUUAAAACCGACGUGAAAACGUCUCUUACAAAAUUACAAAGCAAUCAAUUGACUUUUUAACUGAAACCUAUUUAUUUCCAUAUAAAAAAUGGUAUAAGUUACCUAUGUAAAGCUUCCUAAAACUUGUAUGUUACCUGUAACAAAGUUGCCAAAUGCAGAUAAUUCGUGAUAUUAGUUACCGUAGAUAUGUAUGUUUUUGUACGUCAAAGUUUAUAUGUAUUUAUCAUGUAGGUACACGUCUGUAAAUAGAUCAGCAAAAAAAUGGAUAUGUAAAUAGGAAAAUAAAACAUCUAAAUA